UGGACGGAAGGCACACAGCAGCGUUGACAAGCACGCAGGCAAGAAGCAGCUCCAACCUGGAAUUGGAGAAUUACGGGACGGGAAGUGGAAAGAUGAAGGGAUGACAUAUGCAUUCUGCGCAUUAGAAGGAGUAUAUAAUAUCGUCCGUCGUCUACCUUAGCCAGACCACUUACAUCAACAACACAAUAACCAACAAUAACACAAACAACCACUCUCGCGAUAAUCGCAACCACGCAAUAACAACACCAACAAACACUUCACCUUUAACAACACCACCACAACAUCCAAAAUGCCUCCUAAGUCUCGCGUUCUCCCCAUGCUCGGCGCCGGCGUUGUCGGUAUCGGCGGUUACUACAUCUAUAAGGCCGGCGGGAAACCUUCUGCUGCUGAGAAGAAGUUUGAGGCCGACAUGCACCGCGGCGCCGCCAAGAUCAAGUCCGAGAUGCCUCGCUCUUCGCAGACCGACGCCCGCCAGGAAGGCGCCCAGUACGGCAAGGAGAUUGGCAGCAAGAUUGAUGAGGCUGUCUCCCAAGCAGACAAGACCUACUCAUCAACCAAGUCCCAAGCCGAGGCGCUCGCCAAGGACACCAAGGCCGAAGCGCUCAAGAAGAUCGACCAGUUCGAUCGCACCGUGGAGCAGAAGGCUGCCGAGGCCAAGUCUUGGUUUGGUAGCGGUAACUCCAAGUAAACAACCAACUAUGAGAAAAGAUGGAAAGCAACAACAUGACAACACAAUCCAGCAUUGUCGGCGGAACAAAAGGCGUUUUGAUCAUAAUGAUGAAGGGUUAAUGAUAUCAUGAAUGAGUUGGGGGUUAAGGUUUACUUACUACGCUAUGCAUCAAUGGAUGCAAUGCAUUGACAACACCAUGGAUAUGGUGUGUUUUUCCUCUGGGUUUUCUAGGACUUAUUAGGACAUUUGGAGGGCUUUAUGACAAGAAGUUAAUUCGAAUAAUGCGAACCAUCAAACAAAGACACCGAUGCUGAU